AUGCUGUUCUUGUAGAGAGUUUACUAACACACUUAAAAGAUCUCUCUCUCUCUCUCUCUCUCUCUUCAUUUUGUCUGCUUGCAGUUUUCUCGUUGAUUGCCACUUUUCGGUCGAUAUAUUCUCUCUCUAAAAUGUGUAGUUGGGACUGAGCUAACCAUUGGUGGAACAGCUGCAAUGGAGGAGCAAGGGGAAUAACACCUUUCCUGCGCUUCUUUAUGCUCAACUGCACCCGACAUUGCAACGCUGUCGUUUUGCUGCUCAACUACCUUGCACUCUCGCUCUCGUGAUCUCGGCUAAAGAUUUUGGCUCCGUGGGCUUGUGAUUGAUUCAUAGAAGGAAGUCUGGUUUAAUAGUCGAUGGAGAACUAUGAAGUACUGGAACAGAUCGGGAAGGGAGCCUUUGGCUCUGCACUUCUUGUGAGGCAUAAGCAUGAAAAACAAAAGUAUGUGUUAAAAAAGAUUCGUCUUGCUCGCCAAACAAGUAGGACACGCCGAUCUGCACAUCAAGAGAUGGAGCUUAUAUCCAAAAUGAAAAAUCCAUUCAUCGUUGAGUACAAAGAUUCGUGGGUGGAGAAGGGUUGCUAUGUCUGCAUUAUCAUAGGUUACUGUGAAGGUGGAGACAUGGCUGAAGCCAUAAAAAAGGCAAACGGCGUCCAUUUUCCUGAGGAGAAGCUAUGUGUAUGGCUUGUUCAACUACUUAUGGCCCUGGACUACUUACACAUGAAUCAUAUUCUUCAUCGAGAUGUCAAAUGUUCUAAUAUAUUUUUAACAAAAGAUCAAGAUAUUCGUCUAGGUGAUUUUGGACUUGCCAAAUUGUUGACUUCAGAUGAAUUUGCUUCCUCUAUAGUUGGAACUCCCAGUUACAUGUGCCCUGAGCUACUUUCUGAUAUUCCAUAUGGCUCUAAAUCAGACAUAUGGUCCCUUGGAUGCUGCAUAUAUGAAAUGGCAGCACUUAAACCCGCAUUCAAGGCAUUUGAUAUGCAGGCUCUCAUCAACAGAAUAAACAAGUCAAUUGUUGCACCUCUACCCACUAAAUAUUCUGGUGCAUUUCGGGGUCUGGUGAGAAGCAUACUGCGGAAAAAUCCAGAACUUCGACCUAGCGCUGCAGAACUUCUGAAGCACCCCCACCUUCAACCCUACGUGCUUAAUGUUCAUCUCAAGCUCAACUCCCCCAGGCGUAACAGUCUACCCUGUCAAUGGGCUGAAACAGAAACAAGAAGCACUAGGAAAAUCAGAUUUUCAGAGCCCAUUAAUGUUCCACUUCCAGGGUAUAGAGAGAGAAGAUUAUCAUGUGAAAACAGCAGGACUUUGAAUCCUAGUGUAUCUGAAGCUGAGCAACAUUAUCAUUCUUCCAGUAGGGAAAUUGGUAGCAUCCCUUUCAACCUGCACCAGGCAAUGGAGCCCUUGUCCACUAGAAGCACGCAUGAAGCCACUGUCUUCACAAAAAAUGUUAUUUCAAAAAUCCCAAAGGCCCAGAAAACAGCACAGUCAAAAUCUUCACCUGCAUCAAAAAGAAAACCAGAGUGUCCGAAGAAUCAUGAACAGCUUCCGGCUUCAAGAACCUUGAUUAAGAAACCUGUUUCUACUACUAGGCGAGCUUCUUUGCCAUUGCCAGGCAAAAAUGUUGGUCACAAACUUCACAAGCAGCAUAGCGAUACUCAUCUUGGAAACUUUAGUGGUACCUGGUCUCCAGAUGUUUCCGUCCAUGCCCCUCGAAUUGACAAGAUGGUUGACUUCCCUUUAGCUUCUUAUGAGGAACCCUUCUUUCCUAUCUGUAGAAGUUCAUCAGCCUCUGCCCAAGGUUCUUUCAGUUCACCGCAGCAUGACCAUUCUAUUAUGAAAGACAGAUGUACCAUUGAGGUUCCUGAUAAAUCUGGUGGACUGAGCUUCAAGAAUUGGCAAGGAUUACAAAGCCCUAAACUUCGAAAGGAUAAGGAAGGAAGUGACUAUUCUGAUCAAAAUGCCACAGCUGGUGCAUCAAGCAGGACGUCGUCAGACCAACGGCGCGGUCGCUUUAAAAUGUCUUCAUACCGACAGCGAGCUGAAGCAUUGGAAGGUUUGCUCGAAUUCAGUGCAAGAUUAUUGCAAGAAGAGAGAAUUGAAGAACUCGGGGUUUUGCUAAAGCCAUUUGGCCCAGGCAAAGUAUCGCCGAGGGAAACUGCUAUCUGGUUGAGUAAGAGCUUCAAAGAAAAUAUGCUCAACCCAGAAGGUAUAAGUCAUUAAAGCAGCCUGCCCAUGCGUACAGUCUUGGUGAUGUAAUUUUCCAUGGUUCCUAACCUCUUGGGAUGCAAUGGUAUAGGAAGCUGAUAGAUAAUCCUUAUCAAUUCUUCUAGACCUUCUUCCGCUUAAUAGUCUACUUCACCGAGAGUUCAGUUGCUAGUUGAUAAAAAAAUGGAUUAUCUUUACUUUGUGCAGAAUGGUACUCUUCAUUUUAUCGGAAACCAUGUUAGUGAUCAAGUAUAGUUUCCCAAAAUUUCUAUUUUGUACUUCUUAUGCUGUUCUGUGUUAAUGUGAAGCUUUAGCCUCAAAUUCUGACCUUUUUAUCAUG